CUGCGGCGCAACUACCAUGGAGACGCUGCUAAAGCGGGAGCUGGGGUGCAGCUCCGUCAAAGCUACGGGUCACUCGGGAGGCGGGUGCAUUAGCCAGGGCCAGAGUUACGACACCGACAGAGGACGAGUGUUUGUGAAAGUGAACUCCAAGGCUGAGGCAAGAAGAAUGUUUGAAGGUGAGAUGGCAAGUUUAACGGCCAUUAUGAAGACAGACACGGUGAAAGUACCCAAGCCCAUCAAGGUUCUCGAUGCCCCAGGAGGUGGGAGCUUGCUAGUGAUGGAGCAUUUGGACAUGCGGUAUCUGAGCAGUCAUGCCACCAAGCUUGGGUCCCAGCUUGCAGAUCUACACCUUGAGAACAAGAAGCUUGGAGAAGGGCUCCUGAAGGAGGCUGGCACCGUGGGGAAAGGAAGUGGGCAGGCAGAGCGGCUCUUUGUGGACCAGUUUGGGUUUGACGUGGUGACAUGCUGUGGAUACCUUCCCCAGGUAAAUGACUGGCAGAAGGAUUGGGUCACGUUCUAUGCCAGGCAGCGCAUUCAGCCUCAGAUGGACAUGGUAGAGAAGAGGUCUGGAGACCGGGAAGCUCUGGAACUGUGGUCUGCUCUGCAGUUGAAGAUUCCUGACCUGUUCCAUGAUCUGGAAAUUGUGCCCUCUUUACUUCACGGAGACCUCUGGGGAGGGAAUGUAGCAGAAGACUCCUCUGGGCCCAUCAUUUUUGAUCCAGCUUCCUUCUACGGCCACUCAGAGUACGAGCUGGCAAUAGCUGGCAUGUUUGGGGGCUUCAGCAGCUCCUUUUACUCUGCCUACCAUAGCAAAAUCCCUAAAACCCCGGGGUUUGAGAAGCGCUUGCAGUUAUAUCAGCUCUUUCACUAUCUGAACCACUGGAAUCACUUUGGGUCUGGGUACAGAGGGUCCUCUCUAAGCAUAAUGAGGAAUCUCAGCAAAUGAACUGGCCAGAGUACAAGACGAUGCCAAGUCUGACCAUCACAGCAUCAUUGUGAACUGAGGGAAGCACCUCGGAGUCAGGUGGCCAGGUUCCAAGUGUAUGGUCAAGGAGCUCAUGGUACUCCACGGUCCUUCUCCUCAUGAAUUCUUCCCAUUUACUCCAUGGCUGGACUUGCUUAACAUUCCUUGACAUCUUAUUUCUAAGCUUUGUAAAAUAUGGGUUAUUUCAGAGGAAAGUUUAUAUAAUCCUGAAGCUGUAUACAUUGUAAGACUUUCUGGCUAGAUCAGGCCUCACUGGUGAUAUGAACAGUGGCUUACAAAGUUUAAGGAUGGGUGGGCCACACUCUGCGGCAACGGUAAAGAAGCGUGAGUGCCUGUGUUGGAGUGCUUGUGGGUACCCGCUACGCAGGGAAGUGGCCAGUGUGUCCACUCACACCCCUUCCUUGUCCAUUGUCAACAUUUCUGAGCUGUUCACAGUGAUCCCUAUGAUGGAUAGGCUUGACCUAGACAUGGAGUCAUUAGCAGAUCUGAGUAAGGACCAGCUCUAAAAUCAGGGAUAUUCCCUUUGCCUGUGUACUACUUCUGAUCCCCGUUACAAGCUGAGCAGUCUGGAAAGUGGCUUGAGGACUGAUCGAUCAAGCUAGCAACCUUAGGGUAACUUGGUUCCAUUUAGGAGCCUGGAAAUAUUCCUGAUACGCUAGCUUUCUGUUCUUUUCUUUUGUUUUCGAGACAGGGUUUCUCUUUGUAGCCUUGGCUGUCCUGGAACUUACUGUGUAGAUUAUACUGGCCUCAAACUUAAGAGAUCCAUCUGCCUCUGCCUCUUGAGUGCUGGGAUUAAAGGUGUGCGCCACCACCGCUAAAGCUGUCAUUUCAUUGCAACACAUGAGCUUUUGUGUUAAUAUUUUUUUCUGUCUUUCAGUAUUGUAGAGAUGGGAAAUUUCAUGAAUAACAUUGAUGUUGAUAAAUCUUUUUGCCUAAAAAUUUGAAUAAAAUUGCAGUUGUUUCA